UUUAUGCCGAUCCUAGAGGUGCUCCCUUAGCACUCAUCUCACCAACAGCCGUGACAAAGCCCAGGGGGAAGGCGGCCGUGAGGACUCGGGAGGGGGCCCCAGGUGUACCCUGCUCUCCUCUCCCUGGGCCUGACCCCCCCCCAAAAAACCUUCCUCUCCUCCAAACAAGCGGUGCAAGGCUCGUGGCUUCACCACCCACACGAGCAAGCCUGUGCCUUGGCUUCCUCCAUCGUGUUGGGGCACUUCUAAGCAUUUGGUGCCUGUCGUUGGGGGGCUUUAUAUGGGGGCUAAACGAUACAAGCAAGCUGCGCGGGAGGCAUGGGGCUGUGUUUGCCCUGAGCAGCCACCAGCGAGGUGUGGAUACAAGGUCCAGCCUUGUCUAGGCUGAGGUUUGGGGGAGUGAGGAGCAGGACCCCCGUGCCCACAGGGCUUGAGCCCCCCCAGCCCCAUGGGCAGCAGCUCCCGGGUCCUCCCCGCCUCUGUGAGCUCACUACAGGGCAGGUUCCAGAACCACCAGACAAGGCAGCGUUUCAGACAAAAUGUAGGAGGGCAAGGAGAAAGCCCUGUAGCACCUCAGAGAAGCUCCUUCCGCUGACCCAGGCUCCGACAUGGACGACACCUCGGCUCCCACCAGCUCUUCGGCCUCACAAAUGGAGAGGAAGAUGAGUGCGAUGGCUUGCGAAGUCUUCAACGAGCUUCGCCUGGAAGGGAAACUCUGUGAUGUGAUCAUUAACGUGAAUGGUUUUGAGUUCAAUGCUCACAAGAACAUCCUCUGUAGCUGCAGUCAUUAUUUUAGGGCUUUGUUUACCAGUGGCUGGAACAACAAAGAGAAGAUAGUAUACAAAAUCCCCGGCAUUUCACCUGAAAUGAUGAAGCUCAUUAUCGAGUAUGCCUACACCAGGACAGUACCAAUCACCACCGAAAACGUUGAAAAUUUGCUGUGCGCAGCGGACCAGUUCAACAUCAUGGGCAUCGUCAGACUGUGCUGCGAGUUCUUAAAAUCUCAGCUGUGCUUGGAGAAUUGCAUCGGCAUCUGCCGACUCACAAACUGUUACCACUGUCCCAACCUGCAACAAACAGCCUACACGUUCAUCCUCCAUAACUUCGAGGAGCUGAUCAAUGUGUCCGCGGAGUUUCUAGACCUCUCCGUCGACGAGUUAAAGGACAUCAUCGAGAAAGACGAACUCAACGUGAAACAAGAAGACGUGGUGUUCGAGGCCAUCCUGAAGUGGAUCGCUCACGACCCUCAGAACAGGCAGCAGUACAUCUCCGUCUUGCUGAGCAAGGUUCGACUGGCGUUGAUGCAGGCAGACCACUUCAUGAGGAAAGUUAAAAUGCACGAUUACGUGAAGGACAACGAGGACUGCAAACCCAUCAUCAUCAGCGCACUGACAGCGAUGUACGACCUCAGCAUGAACGGCCCCUCGGUUUCUGACUUCAUCAACCCCCUCACCCGGCCUCGCCUGCCCUACUCCAUCCUCUUUGCCAUCGGGGGCUGGAGCGGGGGGAGCCCGACCAAUGCCAUCGAGACCUACGAUGCCCGCGCGGACAAGUGGGUGAACGUCACGUGCCAGGAGGAAAGCCCCCGUGCCUAUCACGGCUCCGCUUUUCUGAAAGGCUUUGUCUACGUUAUCGGAGGAUUCGACAGCGUGGAUUAUUUUAACAGCGUCAAGCGGUUCGACCCGCUGAAGAAAACGUGGCACCAGGUCGCACCCAUGCACUCGCGGCGCUGCUACGUCAGCGUCACCGUGCUCAACGACCACAUCUAUGCCAUGGGAGGGUUUGACGGGUACACGCGCCUCAGCACAGCCGAACGGUACGAGCCCGAGACCAACCAGUGGACGCUGAUCGCUCCCAUGCACGAGCAGAGAAGCGACGCUGGUGCGACCACGCUGUACAAUAAGGUGUAUAUAUGCGGCGGGUUCAACGGGAAUGAAUGCUUAUCCACAGCUGAAGUGUACGACGCCACAACAGAUCAAUGGACCUUUAUAUCCCCCAUGAGAAGCAGAAGAAGUGGAGUAGGUGUGAUUGCAUAUGGAAAACAAGUGUAUGCGGUAGGAGGAUUUGAUGGAGUGAACCGUCUUCGGAGCGUGGAAGCCUACAGCCCCAUUGCCAAUGCAUGGCGCACAGUCCCCACCAUGUUCAACCCUCGCAGCAACUUUGGCAUCGAAGUGGUGGACGAUCUUUUGUUUGUGGUUGGUGGCUUUAACGGUUUUUCUACUACUUUCAAUGUUGAGUGUUACGACGAAACUGACGACUGGUACGAUGCUCACGACAUGGGCAUAUACCGCAGUGCUUUGAGCUGCUGCGUGGUGCCAGGGCUGUCGAACGUUGGGGAGUACGCCGCCAGACGCGACUACAGCGUGGAGUCACUGCAAACGGAAGUCAAGCACACUUCUUCGACAAGUACCCUGCCUGUAUAAACGGCUCCCCUUAGCUAAUAAAGUCUUCUAAGCAGCAAAUGAAUGUAUUUGCUUAUUCUAAAAGUAAGCACAAUUGAUACAGACCAAAAGAAUGAUUAGUAAUUAAAACUUUCACUCUAUGGCACCAAAAAAAGUAUGAUUUAGACGUAUUGGCUACAGCCUGUAUAACAGCUUAAAACCAGUAAGAGGCACAAGGCACGACAGAACGCUAGAGAAAUAAAAGGUUUAUUUUCAUUAAUUCACUUAUUACAAUAAACUUUAGUACAGUGUAUUUAAUGUAAAGAACAUUACAGUAGGAGAGUUUCAAACAGCCUAUACACACACACUACUUUACCUUACUGGAAGUAAGUACAGGACUGCUGCUUGCCCAAGCAACUUGCUGAAGUCUACAUUAACAUUGAGGAGAGUACAGCUGCCGUGAUCCACAGUGACAUGGACCUAUAAGGAGUAUCUAUUAAUGGUCUUCGAACAUCUAGUUAGUUCCACACUUAACAUUCGUAUUAGUAAUAGGAUUAGAUCCUCAGGAGCACCUGUUUUAUAAGACUUCCACUUAAGACUGUCAAAUUAGAAAUAUGGUUUACUUUCCAACAUAAUGUGGACACAGCUGAAAAUAAAUCUAAGCCAUAAAAUAUUUACUUUUUUAAAGCCACUGAAUGUUACAACAUAGUAUUGCAAUGUUGUGUUAAAAAUAACCUCAGAAGUUGCUAUUCUUGGUGACCCAAGUUGUUAAUAGCGAUCAAUCUAGGAUCAUUAUUCAUUAUGUAUGCUAAAAAGUUGGCAUGUUUUCUUUAUUUCUGGAGUGGUAUCCUACUGUGUGUGAGAGGAAGUCUUAUUGAAAAUAUAUACAAACCUUACUAACAGAAUAUUCAUGUCCUUAUAAAAUAUUAUGUACAUUUAUGGCACCUAGAACUGACUACGGUGACCACCUAGUGCUAGGCAGGAUGUGUCCUACUUCACUAAUACCUUGAGCAGAAAGACAGGACGUGAAACAUGCAUUUUGUGGCACACAUUCAGUACAGCUAUAGAGGUGUGAUUGUCAUAAGGAGGAGG